CUCAUGUGGGAGUGAGUGGGGCCCAGAGAAGUGGCUCAGCCCAGCUCAGAUCCGCUCCGGCUGCCAGAUGCCGAGCUCCAGCGAGAACAGAGCGCAGGCAGGCUGCACAGGGGACAGCGUUCCUCUGGCAAACGGGUGACGCGGCGUGGAGAACACCCUCCCCGUAAACUGUUGCUGUCUUCACUCCCCUGCCACUGCGAACAUGUGUGAUUUCAGCUUACUUUGAAGUUAUGGACUUGGACAACAAACUAGUGCUGGACGGCCACCAUGAGUCACACACUGACAGGGUGGGCCGGAGACGCAGCAUGCCCGGCGGUACCAUGGACAAAACGGUGGGCGCCAUGGAUGCAGAUUCGUCGACUCCUUUUAAAGUCACGGGCUUCUUAAGCCGCAAAUUGAAGGGGUCUAUUAAACGCACCAAAAGCCAACCGAAGCUCGACCGGCACAGCAGCUUCAGGAACAUCCUACCGGGCUUCAAGAGCGCGGAGAAUGACAGCAGAUCCCAUCUGAUGCCGAGGCUGAAGGAAUCACGGUCUCACGAGUCUUUGCUCAGUCCCAGCAGCGCGGUAGAAGCUCUAGAUCUCAGUAUGGAGGAGGAGGUGCUCAUCAAACCCGUGCACAGCAGCAUCCUGGGACAGGAUUUCUGCUUCGAGGUAACUACUUCAACAGGAAGCAAAUGCUUUUCCUGUCGGUCAGCUGCAGAGAGAGACAAAUGGAUGGAGAAUUUGAGACGCGCUGUGCAUCCCAACAAGGAUAAUACCCGUCGAGUGGAAAACAUGCUGAAAUGUUGGAUUAUCGAGGCCAAGGACUUGCCAGCCAAGAAAAAGUAUUUCUGCGAACUGUGUCUGGAUGACACGUUAUACGCACGGACUACCUGCAAACUCAAAACGGACAACGUUUUCUGGGGCGAACACUUUGAGUUCAACAACCUGCCCUCCGUCAAGAGCAUCACUGUGCACGUUUAUAAAGAAACGGACAAAAAGAAAAAGAAGGACAAAAACAAUUACGUGGGCCUGGUCAAUAUCCCCAUAGCGGCGGUCAAGGGGCGGCAGUUUGUGGAAAAAUGGUAUUCCGUGAGCACGCCGAAUCCCAAUAAAGGCAAGAGUCCGGGACCCAUGCUCCGAAUGAAGUCACGAUAUCAGAGCAUGAGCAUCCUCCCCAUGGAGCUGUACAAGGAGUUUGCAGAGUAUAUUACCAAUAAUUAUAUGUUAAUGUGUUCGUUGCUGGAGCCGGCUCUGAGUGUGAAGAACAAGGAAGAGAUGGCGUGUGCGCUUGUUCAUAUCCUGCAAAGCACAGGCAAAGCCAAGGACUUUCUGACAGAUCUGAUGAUGUCCGAGGUGGAUAGAUGCGGAGACAACGAGCAUCUUAUAUUCCGUGAAAACACACUGGCUACGAAAGCGAUCGAGGAAUACCUGAAACUAGUCGGACAGAAAUACCUGCAGGACGCUUUAGGCGAGUUUAUCAAAGCCCUGUACGAGUCAGACGAGAACUGCGAGGUGGAUCCAUCGAAGUGCUCCUCCAGUGACCUGCAUGAGCACCAGAGCAACUUGAAAAUGUGCUGUGAACUUGCUUUCUGCAAGAUCAUCAACUCCUACUGCGUGUUUCCUCGGGAGCUCAAGGAAGUGUUUGCGUCAUGGAGGCUGGAGUGCAGUAACCGAGGCCGGCCGGACAUCAGCGAGCGUCUGAUCAGUGCGUCUCUGUUCCUGCGCUUCCUGUGUCCUGCCAUCAUGUCGCCCUCUCUCUUCAGUCUCAUGCAGGAGUAUCCCGACGAUCGCACCGCCCGCACGCUCACUCUCAUCGCCAAAGUCACGCAAAACCUCGCCAACUUUACCAAAUUUGGCAGUAAGGAGGAGUACAUGUCCUUCAUGAAUCUGUUCCUGGAACACGAAUGGACCAACAUGCAGCGUUUCUUACUGGAGAUCUCCAACCCAGAGACUAUCUCAAAUACAGCGGGGUUCGAGGGUUACGUUGAUCUUGGCCGUGAACUGUCUUCUCUUCAGUCUUUAUUGUCAGAAGCUGUCUCACAGCUCGACCAGAGUACAGUCACUAAACUGGGUCCUUUAGCACGGAUCCUGCGGGAUGUGAACGCAGCCCUGUCGAAUCCCACCGGAGCUCCUGUGGCAUCUCCCACCGAGCGUGUGGGGUCCCCCGGCCUGCCCAGCGGCAGCCUGUCCACCGGCCUACAGAAGAUGGUCAUGGACAGUGAGAUUACAGGGUCGGUGGAUUUCACUCGCCUGCCCUCGCCGACCCCUGAAAACAAAGAUUUGUUUUUCGUAACGAGGAACUCCGUGAUUCAGCCAUCGCCUGCCCGCAGUUCGAGUUACUCCGAGGCCAACGAACCAGACGUUCAGAUCCCCAACGGCAGCAAGAGCCUGUCGAUGGUGGACCUUCAGGACAGUCGUUCUUUGGAGAGCGCUCCCAAUACCUCCUUCAGCGAUCCCAUCAAUGACAGCCAGACGUCUGUGGGUCAGGGAACAGGAGUGUGGACCACCCGCACGAUCAAAGUCAACACGCCUGCCGGCCCGACCCUGAGAAGACCAGCCCAAACUCCAACCACACCUAGCGCGGACAGCGUCCCGGGGAGGUCCCAGUUGCUCGCCCCACUGUCUUUCCAGAACCCGGUGUACCAUAUGGCUGCAGGAUUGGCCGUGUCACCCCGCGUGGUGGCCGAUUCGGGAUCCGAGUGCCAGAGUUCCAUCAGCUCCCAGAGUAACGCAGAGGAUGCAGGGCCGAAGCAUGCGUUUAUGAGCCAGUCCAGCGCGGGUGCCAGCGGUGGAGGGGGAAGCAGCGGGGACGAGUUCGCUCGCCGUUCAGGAGAGUUCACCCGUAGACAGCUCUCGCUUACGGAGACGCAACAACAAACCAACGUGCCGCGGCAGAACAGCGCCGGGCCACAGCGCCGGAUAGACCAGCCGCCUCCAGGCGUCACGAGGGGCCGCACCCCACCCAGCAUGCUUAACACCGCCCCCUAUCCCCGCCCGUCCAGUGGCAGUAUGAUGUCAUCAUCUCCUGAUUGGCCAAGCAGUGGCACCAGACUAAGGCAGCAGUCGUCAUCUUCGAAAGGGGACAGUCCGGAAUCCAAACAACGUACCCUGCACAAACAGGCUCCAUCACCUGUGAACCCAAAUGCGCUGGACCGCACUGCUGCGUGGCUGCUGAAUAUGAACGUUCAGUAUUUGGAUCAGGAGGGCAUGGACCCGGAUACAAAACACCGAGAGGAUUUUACAAACAAGGAAGAUCUUACACAAACUGAAAAGUAUCAGCAGGAGAUCGCCGUCCUGCAGGAGAAGCUGCGCAUUUCUGCUAAGAAGUUGGAGGAGUAUGAAUGUCGCAUGAAGAGCCAGGAUGAGCAGACACAGAAGAUGCUCUUGGAGUACCAGGCUCGACUGGAGGACACGGAGGAACGGUUACGCAAACAGCAGGACGACAAGGAGCUUCAGAUGAAGAGCAUCAUCACCAGGUUAAUGUCAGUGGAAGAGGAGCUGAAGAAAGAUCAUGCAGACAUGCAGGCCAUCGUGGACUCAAAGCAGAAGAUCAUUGACGCCCAGGAAAAGAGAAUCGGGUCUCUGGACGCGGCUAACGCUCGGCUAAUGAGCGCUCUGUCUCAGCUGAAGGAUCGGUACAGCAUGCAGACGAGGAACGGCAUCUCUCCCACCAACCCCACCAAGUUGCAAAUCACGGAAAACGGAGAAUUCCGGAACAGCAGCAACUGCUAGCGUGAACGUAAACACACGGGCCUACGGGUCUAGUGGAGGACAAGGGCUAUGGUUAAUUUCUUACAAUAUGACUGUACAAGAAAACGCCUCUCCGAUGGGUUUAAAUUUACUUUGCAAAGUUUUUAGUGUUGGAUCUCAGAACUGGAUUAGAAAUAAUUCACCGUAUCAAGCAUAUGAAACUCCAGAAUCAAACAGGAUGUUUUAAAACAGAUUUUUCAAUCUAUAUUGAGACUGUUGCGUCUUUUUAAAUUAUUUUAGAUUUUUAGCCAUGCGAAGAUGUCCAAUCGAAUAUUCCCGUGAUGCUUCAUUCAUAGCCCUCGUCAUGAAAGAGCGCACGGUCACUGAUGUCAAACUGUGACCCGGUUUCAUGUCAUCUAUAGAUUUGACCUGUACACGCACGCUUUACUUUCAAAGUUAGCAUGCUGAUAAAGAUCCGGUGUGUCAUUAUUUGCGUAAACACUAUGUAAGUGUUGUUUUGAGUUGAUUUUCUGAUACGCCAGAACCACUUAACAUUUCUUUUUUUUAUACGUUUGUACAUUUCAUGUAAACAUGACCUUUUCUUACCAAAUUCAUUUUAAAACUUGUUUUGUAAGUUAAAGACAGAGGGGUUUUAACAUUGCAUUUAGUUGCAUACUUGCAUAACAUUUUAAUCUAUGGAGGUGAUGCGCCUCAUUACUGUAUAUAGUUUUUUUUAAACCGACUUUUCAGAGAAAAGAGAUUUUCUUCUUCGUACGGUGUGUAUUUGCUGAAGUCUGCUGUAGCGUUUCAGAGGAAAAAUAAUCAACGUAAGCUCUGAUUGUACAUUCAGGUGCUGCUUCUAGACAGGGCGAAGGUGUUUACACGCUUUUGACGUUCUGCGCUCAAAAUCAGAAACUGUCGACGCCGUUGCAAAGAUGCAUAUAGAGACGUCAUCGCCGCUUGCUGUGUAUGCGUGGCCAGUAUUACUCUCCGUACUGAACAUUACAGUAUAUGGCUACAGUACAAUCAGUGUCUGUCCCCCACGAUGUCGUUUUUCCGCUCUAUGCACUUUCUAUAGCAUUAGAUUGGACCCUUUAACCAAAACCUUCUUCUGUGGACUUGUUCUAAAGGCUAUUCAGAGUGUGUCGCAUUCAGCACUUACACUGAACGAGAAGGGUUUGAGAUGCUGUGUGAAGUUUGAAGUGAGCACGUAUUGGAUCUGAACUGUUGUUUUACUGAAAGUUUGUGAUAUUUUCAUGCUCUUCAAACACAGUUGGUGUCUAAAAAGCACUAAGAGCCCGCGCGUCAUGGCAAUACUUGCAUCAACCCUGCAAAUUAAGCGAGCCUGUUAUCGGUCGGUGUAACUUCAUUUAAACUUCAAUCAGGUUCGUCAAGAGUUAAAGAUUCAUUAACAGUGUUUAGUUAUUGAUAUUCAAGGAUACAUUUUAAACAAAGGCAUUUUUAAAGAUAACACAAAAACAUGUUUGCAAAAGCAAAGGCGUUAUUUUGAGUAUUUAGAGAAAACAUCUGUUUUCCGAUGAGGUACAUCGAACGUCUCCAUUUCCCAAAGUUCUUUUUUUGGAAAAGUUCAUUUUUAGUUGUUGUCUGAAAGUGCUUUAUUUAUGUUUUAAGUUAUGUUCUGCUCAUUAAUUUAUUUAACUGUUCGUUAACAUCCCCAGGAUUACGCGUACUUGUUGACGUUUGAAUACUAAACGUAUCCAACAUUAAAGAGAUGGUUAAAUUUUCAAUGGUAAAAUAUUUUUUCUCGUCCCAUUUUAAAAUGCCAAGUUGAAUUUCAAAACAUCUUUGGAUGCUAGAGGCACAGAAAUGACACGUUUCACCUUUAAGACAGAUAAAAAUCACAUUUUGAUCUUCUCAAAAUACAGACAAACAGAAAACAGGCGAAUAAAACGUCACAUGAGCAUUAAAACACUAUAACAAAGCUUAUCAUCCAUUAAUAUACAUCAUGUGGAAGUCAAAGGGCUGACGUAACAUUUGAAUACAUUUUUUUCUCGAUUGGCAUGCAAUAAUACAAUAACAAAAGUAAAAAAUAGGCUACGAAUCUUGUUUUCUACCUUACCUCGACAUGUUUUGUAUGUGUCUUAGAUUUAAGUUAAGAGGUUCUCCACGUGUACAUACCUGAACAAAAGAAAUGCCGAUAUAUGAGAAGUCAUUUGUGUUGAAGAAAACAUUCUGUGCAAUUCAUGUACAAUUGCCUCUAGAAUUGUUAAAGUUUUAUUUAGCUAUUUCAAGGCUUCAUUUGUUAGUUUACUGUACAGUCCAAGAAAAAUAAUGUUGUUGACUAAAAGAUAUAUUGUUUCACUUGUGUAAAGUUAAGUAAAUGCUAUGAACAGAAUGUAUAUAUCCAUGUAGAAUGCCAUUGUCAAGAUGAGAGCACUUUCAAGUGCCACUGAAAUAAAAGCAAAGUAUUUGU